GCCUUUCGCGCACGUCGUUUCGUUCACAGUCCCUCCUUUUCCCAUCUCAACGCCGUCACAGAAGAAGAUGUCGCCCAUUUCUCAACCAUCCUCGCACCCACCUCCGUCUUCUCCACCAUCGGUCCAAAUGCCGUGUCUUCAAACGAUAUAGCGACUUACAACGAGGAUUGGAUGGGAAAAUACCACGGAAAAGCUACCACCGUUCUUCGCCCUCGCACCACGAAGGAGGUCAGUGAUAUCGUCAAGUGGUGCGCGAAGCGGAGGAUAGGCAUCGUUCCUCAGGGAGGCAAUACCGGUUUGGUGGGAGGGAGCGUCUCGCUCGACAAGGAGGUCGUACUUAACUUGGGCGCCAUGUCCAAUGUACGCUCGUUUGACCCAGUAUCAGGAAUCCUCGUGGCAGAUGCCGGAUGCAUUCUCGAGUCCUUGGGCGACUACAUUGCCCCUCACAACUACAUAAUGCCUCUCGAUCUUGGCGCGAAAGGGAGCUGUCAGAUCGGUGGAAACAUCGCCACAAACGCUGGUGGCCUUCGUCUCCUACGAUACGGUUCAUUGCAUGGCAGCGUCCUCGGACUCGAAGUCGUUUUACCCGACGGAACCAUCCUCGAUCAACUCUCCACACUACGGAAAGACAACACCGGGUACGACAUGAAGCAGCUCUUCAUCGGCGCAGAAGGCACCCUCGGCAUCGUCACAGGCGUCUCCAUCAUGACACCCCCCGCUCCCCAAGCCACUCACAACGUCAUGCUCGCCCUCCCCCGCUUCGACAACAUCCUCCCUCUCUUCCAAGCCGUCAAGCGCGACCUCGGAGAAAUACUGUCCGCGUUUGAAUAUAUCGACCGCACGGCGUACGAUACCGCCGUCGCUCACGGACAUGCGCGCGUGUUCACAGACGAGGAGAUGCAGGGCGCGCAGUGUUUUGUGUUGAUUGAGACUAGUGGUGGGAAUAACGAUCAUGACGAACAGAAAAUAACAGAGCUGCUCGAAUCCCUAUUGACCGCCGACAAACCCCUCGUCCUCACAGGCGUCCUGUCCCAAUCACCCGCGCAGUUCGCCUCGCUAUGGGCUCUCCGCGAAGGCCUCCCGGAGGCCCUCCAAAAAGAGGGAAAACCCUACAAAUACGACAUCUCCAUCCCCAUAGCUGAUUUCGAGCGCGUGGUCGACAGCUGUCGCGAUCAGCUCAAGUCUAGGGGUUUGUAUGGCGAUCACGCGGUGUCGAAGGUCGUCGGGUGGGGUCAUAUCGGGGACGGUAAUCUGCACAUUAACGUUAUCGCCAAACAGGGCUACACCCCUGAAAUCGAGCAGGCCUUAGAGCCAUUUAUAUAUGAAGUUGUCUCCUCUCUCAAAGGUUCGAUAUCAGCAGAGCACGGGAUAGGCUCCAUGAAGCCCCACGCACUCCACUACUCGAAGAGCAGCGCCAGCAUAGAGUGGAUGAAAAAGCUCAAAGAGACUUUCGAUCCUCUCAACAUCAUGAACCCUGGCAAAGUCCUGCCAUGAGAGCUUAUCUCAGUCAGUCGGCGCUACCGUUUCUGCAACGUAAAAAGUAGGGAAUCUAUAUUUUUGGCUUAUUGUUUAUGCGCACAGGCUGGGGACACUGCUUACUGUACACGGCACCGUCUAUAUAUCACCCGCUGAGAGAAGCUUUAGUGCUAGGUAGUGAUGUUGUAACAUCUGUCCUGUCAUUUACUGGACAAAAUUGAUUGCGCUCAAGGAGUAUGAUUUUCAUA